UACGAAAAACAGGAAAUACAAUCAUAAUUCAUAAUAAUGUGAUUCCAUUUCAGGUAAACACAACACAACUGCCUAUCAUCCUGUCCCCUCUCUCUAAAUUCUUAAUCUAUUAUAAUACUGGUCUCAUUUUCAAUCUCUUUGAAUGGUUUUCUUUGCUGCUUCAAACUUCUUCUAACUAUGGCUUGGUGGAAUUUCUUAAGACCCUUCUCUCGUUUUCAGGAUAUAUGGAGGAGUCUGGGGUUCUCUGCUAUGACUGGUGCUCAUUUUUCAUCCGUUAGUUUUCCAUUGAUAGACACAAAAAAUGAAGAGGAAUUCAGACAGAUGGAAGCCCAGCUUGGUGCACACACUAUGAGAUCUCAUGGAUAUGCAGUUGCUAAAACACAUUUACAUGAUUGGAUCAUUCUAUUGCUCCUUGUAUUUAUUGAAAUCAUGUUAUACUUGAUCUAUCCAUUCUAUCGCUUUGUUGGGAAGGAUAUGAUGUCUGAUCUCAAAUAUCCACUGAAGAGUAAUACAGUUCCUGUCUGGGCCGUUCCUAUGCUUGCAGUUGUAUUGCCUAUCGUGAUCUUUCUUGUUGUUUAUAUCCGAAGGAGAGACAUCUAUGAUCUUCAUCAUGCCGUACUGGGUCUACUGUUCUCCAUUUUAGUAACGGCAGUGAUAACUGAUGCAAUAAAAGAUGCAGUAGGGCGACCUCGACCAGACUUCUUCUGGCGAUGUUUUCCAGAUGGAAAGGAUGUUUAUGAUAAAUUGGGAGAUGUCAUUUGUCAUGGUGACGAGAGUGUCAUAAAGGAAGGACAUAAGAGUUUCCCAAGCGGCCAUACUUCAUGGUCAUUUGCUGGUCUAGGUUUUUUAUCAUUGUACUUAGCUGGAAAACUAAAGGCAUUUGAUCGCAAAGGUCACGUUGCAAAACUUUGCAUUAUUUUUCUACCACUACUUGCUGCAUCACUUGUUGGCAUCUCUCGAGUUGAUGACUACUGGCACCACUGGACGGACGUGUUUGCUGGAGGUCUUAUAGGGCUUGUAGUAGCUACUUUUUGCUAUUUGCAGUUUUUUCCUCCUCCUUAUCAUCAUGAAGGUUGGGGUCCUUAUGCUUAUUUCAGGACGUUGGAAGAAACUAGAGGUAUGACACAAGCUCCUAAUGCUCAAAAUGGUAAUCAAGCACAAUUGGCCCAAUUAACAGAAGCUCAAGUUGAGAACCAGGAGGGACAAAGUCACCAUGGGUGCAUGGGGUUAACUUUAACAGGAAAUGGGAAUCCAACUUCAACAUUAGAAGAUGAACUUGAAUCAGGGAGAAGAUAAAUUUUGUAUAUGUUAAGGUCUUGCUCUUUGUAAAUCAUAUCCUAGUAUGUUUUCUACACGGUUGUCACUACUAACUUUGAAGCAUGCUUAUUUUUGUCUAUAAGAGUCAAAUUUGGAACAAGCUUUGUUAUAAGAUUCCUCUAUUAAUCUACUUGAUAGCUGAUUUAGUGGCUGUUUGUUUU